AUGGUGGCAGCAGAGGUCAGGGAGGCAGGAGUGGCCAUGGUGGCAGCAGAGGCCAGGGAGGCAGCAGUGGCCAUGGUGGCAGUAGAGGCCAGGGAGGCAACAGUGGCCAUGGUGGCAGUAGAGGCCAGGAGGCAACAAGGGCCAGGGAGGCAGGAGGCCAUGGUGGCAGCAGAGGUCAGGGAGGCAGGAGUGGCCAUGGUGGCAGCGGAGGCCAGGGAGGCAGCAGGCCAUGGUGGCAGUAGAGGCCAGGGAGGCAACAAGGGCCAGGAGCAGGGAGUGGCCAUGGUGGCAGCAGAGGCCACGGAGGCAGCAGUGGCCAUGGUGGCAGAGGUCAGGAGGCAGGAGUGGGCCAGGGAGGCAAAUAAGGCCAGGGAGGCAGCAGUGGCCAUGGUGGCAGUAGAGGCCAGGGAGGCAGGGAGGGCCAGGGAGGCAGGAGGGCCAGGAGGCAGCAGUGGCCAGGGAGGCGAGGGCCAUGGUGGCAGCGAGGCCAGGGAGGCAGGAGGGCCAGGGAGGCAGGAGGCCAGGAGGCAGCAGAGGCCAGGGAGGCACGGGCCAGGGAGGCAGGAGGGCCAGGGAGGCAGGAGGGCCAGGGAGGCAGCAGAGGCCAGGGAGGCAGGAGGGCUAGGAGGCAGGAGGGCAUGGUGGCAGCAGAGGCCAGGGAGGCAGGAGGGCCAUGGUGGCAGCAGAGGCCAGGGAGGCAACAAAGGCCAGGGAGGCAGGAGUGCCAUGGUGGCAGCAGAGGCCAGGGGAGGCAGCAGUGGCCAGGAGGCAGGAGUGCCGUGGCAGCAGAGGCCAGGGGAGGCAGGAGUGGCCAUGGUGGCAGCAGUGGCCAGGGGAGGCAACAAUGGCCAGGGAGGCAGUGGCAGGGAGGCGGGAGUAGCCAUGCUGGCAGCAGAGGCCAGGGAGGCAGCAGUGGCCAGGGAGGCAGGAACCACCUUCAGCGCCUUCUGCAAGUUAUGGAGCAAGGAGAUAGGGCCAGAGUACUCCAGCGCCUCUAAAGUUUGGAGAAGUUAUGGCCUGAGGGGAAGCUCCAAGUGCCCAGCCGAGGACGAUGGUGAUGAUGGUGACGAUGUUGGUGACGAUGUUGAGAACGAUGGUGACGAUGUUGACGAUACUGAGGACGAUUAUGGUGACGAUGUUGAGGACAAUGAUGUUGACGAUAAUGACGAUAUUGAGGACGAUGAGGAAGAUAAGUGA